AUGGUGAUGAAUGUUGAUAUAAUCUCCAAGGAGAUAAUUAAGCCAUCAUCUCCAACACCCCAUCACCUUAGCAACUUCAAGCUUUCUUUCUUAGACCAAAUUGCACCUCCCAUUUAUAUUCCUAUCAUUUUGUUCUAUGAUUCUGAGAAAUUUGUGGAUGUUGAUCCAUUCGAAAUAUCUCAUUCGCUAAAAAAAUCUCUAGCCGAAACCUUAACUCGUUACUAUCCCUUGGCUGGUACACCUAUUAAUGAAGAUUUCUAUAUCAAUUGUAAUGACCAAGGUGUAGACUAUAUUCAAGCCCGAAUCCCAUGCAAUCUAUCACAAGUGGUAGACAAUCCCAAAGGGAAGGAGCUUAUGCAGUUGCUACCAUUUGAGCCAUAUCAUAGUCGCACUGAGUUUGGAAAGGAAGUUCUCUUAGCUGUCCAAUAUAACAUGUUUGAGUGUGGUGGAGUAGCCAUUGCUGUGUGUGUCUCACACAAGAUUGCUGAUGGUACAUCAGCGGUCACGUUUGUUAAUGCAUGGGCUGGCAUGUCUCGAGGAGAAAGUGAAAUUAUAAGUCCUAGUUUUGAUGCAGCUAUCCAUUUUCCUCCUAGAGAUAUCACUGGGUCCAUGCUAAGUGGAGCAGUUUCAAAAGAAAACAUUGUGACUAGAAGAUUUGUGUUCAACAAAUCGAGCAUAGCCACGCUAAGAGAAGAAGCAUCUGCCGCAUUUGGUCCAGAAGACAAGGGUCCAUCACGCGUGGAGGCCAUUUCAGCAUUCAUAUGGAGACGUUUCAUGGCAAUGUCUAGAGCAAAACAAGGUAAGAAACCAAAACUAUUUGCUGCACUUCAUGCAGUGAACUUGCGUGAGAGGAUGGUUCCACAACUUCCAGUGCAUUCCUUUGGGAAUCUUUGGAGGAUUGUGAUUGCAGCAUUGCCGGUUGAGAUUGAGAAAGAUUAUCGGUUUCUUGUGAGCCAGCUUCGGAAUGCAAUCAUGGAAAUCGAUGCUGACUUCCUGAAGAAACUAAAAGAUGAUGAUGGACACUUGGAUUUUAUAAAGAAUACAAGCAAACAGUUUGAUCAUGGUAUUAUAGAAUUCUGUAACUUUACUAGUUGGUGUAGGUUUCCUGUGUACGAAGUUGAUUUUGGUAUGGGAAAGCCCACUUGGGUCUGUAGUCCAAGCAGGCCUUUUAAGAAUGUUGUGGUCAUGAUAAGUACCAAAGAUGGUGAUGGAAUUGAGACAUGGGUGAACAUGAAAGAAGAAGACAUGGCCUUGUUUGAACAUGACCAAGAGCUACUCUCAUAUGCUUCCUCAGCAGAUGGGGAAUGA